AUUUUGUUUGCUUAGAAGAAAAAAUAAAAACUAACUUUGAGCAUUUUACCUUUUAAGCUGGCAAAAAGUUUAGUUUUUAUGCAUUGAUAAAUAAAUUUAGUACUGGGAUUUGUAUAAUCAUUGAACUUUGUUUUUAAGUGAAAGGAGGUUCUAGUUAUGGGACAUGGAGGGUCGAGACAUCAUCAUCAUCAUCAUCAUCAUGGUCAUUUAUCCCAGCAACCUCCUUCAUAUGUUGGGAGUUCAGCCAAUUCUAACUAUCAAUAUCAUAAACCAUCUUCUGAUGCUGGAACUUCAAAGAAUACUAGACAUCAACAUAAGCAGCGCCCCAAGUAUAUAGCUGACAAUUUCAGCUCAUUGGAUCAGGUUGUUUCUGCUCUGAGAGAAGCUGGUCUGGAAUCUUCAAACUUAAUACUCGGUAUUGACUUCACCAAAAGCAAUGAAUGGACAGGCAAGCGUUCCUUCAAUAACAAAAGCCUCCAUCAUAUUGGUAGCACUCCUAAUCCAUAUGAGCAAGCUAUCUCUAUCAUUGGCCGUACUCUCUCUUCGUUUGAUGAAGAUAAUCUGAUACCAUGUUUUGGAUUUGGUGAUGCAUCUACACAUGAUCAGAAUGUCUUCAGCUUUUUUCCUGAUCAUCGCUGUUGUAAUGGUUUCGAGGAAGCACUUGCACGCUACAGAGAGAUUGUUCCAUGCUUAAAAUUGUCAGGUCCAACAUCAUUUGCCCCAGUAAUCGACGCAGCAAUUAACACUGUGGAAAGAAGCAACGGUCAAUAUCAUGUUCUUGUGAUUAUUGCUGAUGGGCAGCUUAGUCCGCAAGAACAAGCAACUGUUCAUUCUAUCACAGCUGCAAGUCACUAUCCUCUCUCAAUUGUUUUGGUUGGAGUCGGAGAUGGACCAUGGAAUGCAAUGCAUAAUUUUGAUGACAGCAUGCCUGAUCGCAAAUUUGAUAACUUCCAGUUUGUGAAUUACACAAAUAUGAUGUCUGAAAACAAAGAGACAUCCAAGAAGGAAACCGCAUUUGCACUUGCUGCCCUUAUGGAAAUUCCAAUUCAGUAUCGCAUAGUCCAAAAUCUACGAGUCCCCAAAGGAAAAUCAAAAAGGUAUCAAGCCAGAAAGCCUUGCCCUCCCCCUAAGGAGGUAGAUCAUGGUAAUGCCUUACCAAAAGUGCCACAAAAGAAGGUAAUAGAUGACAAUGCAUUACCAGAAGUUCCAGACAAAAAAAGCUUAGGAUCAGCUGAGCCGACCGCUUCAGAUGCUACAGAAUCAGUAUGCCUUAUUUGCCUCACCAAUCCGAAGAACAUGGCUUUUGGAUGUGGUCAUUUAACUUGCAAGGAGUGUGGUGUGACCUUAUCUUCAUGCCCUAUGUGCCGGCAGCAAAUUACAACUCGUCUCAAACUAUACGCUUAAGUUGGAGGUUUCUUAGCAUACACUGCUAUUGCCAACUGAUAAGAUUACUGCUAUUGC